CGGCUGUGUAUGGAGGGAAUUAGUUUCCGAUUUGCUCCCAAAUAGACAACGACAAUGAACAGCCGUGAAGACCUCAAGACGACGCCCGUCGACCCGCGCUUCCCGACGCAGAACCAGACGCAGCACUGCUGGACCCGCUACAACGAGUGGGCGCUCUGCCUGAAGAAGAACGACGACGACGAGGAUGCUUGCAAGCAGACGCGCCAGUACGCCAAGGCCAUCUGCCCCGGCUCGUGGAUGGAGAAGUGGGACACGGAACGCGACGAUGGCAACUUCUCGGGUGUCCAAAAAUAAAUAUACUAGCCACAACGACGUGAUACCUGGCGACGGUCAGUAAGUGAAAUGAAGAAACUCAUUGCCUCUGUUGCCUCCUGCGUCUGGGCACCUGCGACGACACCUACGCGUCCACGACUUGCCGUUGGCCUCAACGGCUACUUGAAGCAGAAAUGACAUCCUGUCCGGACCUCGUGGCAGCAGCCAGCGUGUAAGGCAUAGCCGCAAAGAUACGAAGCUGGUCU